AGAAAAAGGUCAAUAUCGCUGAGUUAGUUAAAUGUAUGGUGAAGAAACAAAUAUCCGAACAUGGAAUAUCUGGAUUUAAAGUGUAUGUCCUCUUAGAGGACAAUAGGGACGUUAAGAUAAAAGGAUUUAUACAUGAAGAUCAAACAAAAUGUAAAGGUGAAGAGGUAAACGAGAACGAUCUUUUGGAUGGUGUUGUGCUUGAUUUAGAUAUGAAAGGAAAACAAGCAGAUUUGGCAGUCAGGUCAGAGUUAGUAGAUAAAUUUAAGCUACAGAAUAGUAACCCGAUCAAUAAUAAAUAUAAGAAACUCGGAAAAAUUGCCAAAGAGGGUACGGCAGUUAAUGCCAUUAUCGAAUUAGUUAAAGAAGACUAUAUUAUUGUUUCUCUUCCAGAACAAUGGAAUACUAUUGCAUUUGCUGCAGCAAAAAGUUAUAAUAAUCGAACACAACCCUUUAUGCGAUACUCAUUUGGACAAAAAGUGAAAGUACAUAUAGUUCACGUUCCACAACUCAAUAAGAGUACAAAUAAUCAUAGCGUAAUAGAUCGUGUUUUGGUGGCAUUUCAACAAGCAUCAGAUCAAGAAAAAAUCCUUGUCCCAAAUGCAAAAUCUAUUAAAGAUUUUUCUCCUAGUCAAAAAGUUAAGGGUAUUAUAACUGCAGUAGAAAAAUAUGGUGUUUUUAUCAAGAUUAAUAAUAGUUCUGUGAGUGGUCUCUGUCAUAUAUCAAAAUUAUCAGAAGACUUU